AUGCCUGAAGGAAACAUCACUUCUGUGAAGAAUUUUUUCAUUGUAGGCUUUCCUGGGCUUCACCCUAAGUACUAUGGCCUUGCAUCUGCAAUUAUGCUGGUAGUCUAUGUGUGUAUCUUGCUGGGAAAUGGAAUAUUUCUUACAUUGUUUGUAAGAGAUAGAAGGCUUCGAAAACCUAUGUAUUAUAUCAUCAUAAAUCUUGUUGCAUGUGAUGUCCUGUUUAGCACCACCACAUUACCUAAGAUUAUUGCUAGAUAUUGGUUCAAUGAUGGAGUCAUCUCAUUCCUAGGUUGUUUCACUCAGAUGUAUUUUGUGCACUAUUUUGGUUUUGCUAAUGCUUUUAUACUGGCAGUAAUGGCCUUUGAUAGAUAUGUGGCAAUAUGCAAUCCUCUCAGAUAUGCUAAUAUUGUCAACGACUCCACUAUCAUGAUCUUGUGCUUUGCAUCUUGGCUGAUGGCAGAGCCCUGUGUCUUAAUGAUGGCAAUCAGAGCAUAUCCUCUUCCUUACUGUGCUGCCAACACAAUUGUCCAAUGCUACUGUGACCACGCGGCCAUCACAAAGCUUGCAUGCACUGACCGGACACCUUAUGGGUUUCCUGCUCUUAUUUUCACUAUGGUUUUGUUGCUCGUACCUCUGGCCUUUAUUUUUUUUUCCUAUUCCUCUAUUAUGAUGGCAGUCUUUCGAAUCUCGACCACUCAAGGACGACUGAAGACUCUCUCUACUUGCAGUUCUCAGCUCAUCAUAAUCGCUCUCUUCUUUUUACCCAGGUGUUUUAAUCAUAUGGCCCCUUAUGUUGGUAUCAGCUUCAGUGCUGACACACAAAUACUCAUUAUUAUGUUGUACAGCCUGCUGCCACCCAUGGUCAAUCCACUCAUCUACUGCUUAAGAACUAAAGAAGUGAAAGAAAUCUUAGCUAAGAGUUUAACCAGAUCAACAUUUCUUCAGUUUAUGAAAAAUAGGGUGAUUUCUAUGAAUAUUACAAGGGCAUUUCACUGAAGAAGGUAAACAUAUGCUUUUCUUUAUUAGAGGGGUGGAGUGGACAGACUGGGGCAUGGGUACUUUUACACUGGCUUUGAGCGAUUAACUUUUUUCAUCACUCAAUAAAGGUCAUCAUCUUUGUGUUUAAGUCAUAUUUUCUGAUCUUUGCUGGAAGGAAAAUGCUCCUAUUUGUUGUCAUAUAUUGGUUUUAGACCUGAUAACCGUAACAGGCAGGUUCUCAUUAUAAUGUCGUAUAGCCUGCUGCCUCCCUUAAACUGCUCACUCAUCAUCUGCUUAAAAACAAAAGAAGUGAAAGAAAUCUUAAUUAAGAGUUUAGCCAGAUCAGCAUUUCUUUAGUUUGUAAAUUAAAAAGUGUAUAUUUUUGCUAUAGUUGUAAGCUUUCUCUAAACAUUAACGGGGGCAAAGGACAUACUUUUCACUUUUUCAUCCCUCAGUUCCAGACUAACAUCUUUUUGCAUUCUUUGGAAGAGAAAUCAUGUACAAUAAUCAGUGACAGUGCAUUUCUACACUCUACAUGACAUAUUACUUGUGAAAGCUAGCAAAAGGGAUGUUUACACCAACUGAAAGCCACUCUAGUUAAAGCUCGUUGUUAUCAAGUACAGAAAGUGCAAUGCAAUUCUUACUUCAACAAAAUAACACAGUGACAAUACAAUAAGUAAUGACUACUAAACAGAAUUAAACACAAAACUGAACAACAUUACAUACAGUUAAUACCAGUGAUGAACCAUGACUAUUAGAGUAAGGCCUU